AUGAAUGGGCUAUGGAAAAGACGCACUUUGACACUUGCGCCCAGAUGGUUGUGGCGAAGGUGUCGCAGCAGCAAAAGCAGUAGGCUGUAUUCGCUGGCACAUGCUGUCGAUACAAGCAAGAUGGAGGCGACAAGGAGGAACGCUCAGAUUGCGAAGGACUUGGCCAGGUUCUAUCCGUCAAUGUCUGAGCCAGCGCUGCGUGAAUUAUGCCAUGGUUAUGAGGAGAUCAGCAUCGGUAAAUUCAAUGAGAAAUUCCUUAACGACCCACUGGUUUUAAAUUAUGAGGAUAAUCGCAACUGGUUACUUGCUGUUACCGGUAGGAUCAAAAACAUUAGAUUUUCCGGCCAGAAAAUUGUAUUUAUCGAUUUGUACAAUGCCAGCGAUGGAUUAAUAAACGAAUCCCAACUGCAAAUGAUCGUGAACUAUAAUCAAAUCGGUGAGAAUGGUGAAGAUAAAGUGCACUUCCAAGAGCAUAUGAAUUUUUUGAAGAAAGGUGACUAUAUCAAGGCCUUUGGGUAUCCCGGGUUUUCUCAAUCCAGACGCAAGAUGUUAUCGUUAAAAUGUAAUAGGCUACCUGUAAUCCUGUCAGUUUCGCAACUACCGUUGCCUUCCAGAUUGAAUGAUGAAACCAAGAUCAAGUCGAAUAGAGUAAUUGACUAUCAGUUAAAUGGCACACAGACAUUAUUAACAAGGGCACACAUUAUAAAACUCUUGAGAAGGUUUUUGGAUGAUAAAGGUUUUGUUGAAGUGGAAACACCGAUACUAUCAUCGAAGUCCAACGGCGCUAUGGCAAAGCCUUUUAUUACGUCAUCCAAGGAUUUCGAUCAUUUAGAACUGCGUAUUGCUCCAGAAUUAUGGCUGAAAAGACUUGUUAUAAGUGGCGUACAAAAAGUGUAUGAAAUAGGGAAGGCCUUUAGGAAUGAAAGCAUCGAUUCUACGCAUAAUCCUGAGUUUUCCACUUUGGAAUUUUACGAAACAUUCAUGUCGAUGGACGAUUUAAUUGCAAGAACCGAGGAAUUAUUCCAGUUUUUGAUCGUAAACUUACGAAAAUUCUUCCAAGAUUCUCAUUUGGCCGUCCCAAAGACUUUCAAUGAAUUGUACCUUGCAUUAUGCAAGAACGAUUGGAAGUUCGAAAAGAUUGAGUUCUUGCCGACUUUAAGUAAAGAACUCGGUGUCGACUUAAUGGCUCCCGAAUUGGAUAUUAGUAGCUCAGAAGAACUCUUGAAGAUUUUACCAAAAGCCGUUACAAGUAAAUAUUUUUCUUCUGCAGACGGCGCUGAACAAUUAUCUUCACUACAAAUCUUGAAUAAGCUAUCGGACGUUUUCCUGGAACAGUGCCAUUGUCAGUCGAUCUUGCCCGUGAUAAUAUACCAUCAGCCUACGAUAUUAUCACCCUUGGCCAAAACUGAUCCACGCAAUAACCAAAUCACCAAGAGAUUCGAAGUUUUCAUCGAGGGCAAGGAAUACAUAAACGCCUACGAGGAGGAAAAUUGCCCUCAAUUGCAACUGGAGAAGUUUCUACAACAAAAGCAAAUAAGCGAAUCGACAGAAAACAAGACUGAGACAUUGUCACCGGUUAUUGACCACCAAUACAUUGAAGCAAUGAAAUUUGGUAUGCCUCCAAUUGGCGGCUUUGGCCUCGGUGUAGAUAGGCUUUGUAUGCUAUUUUGCGGUAAGAAAAGAAUAGAAGAGGUCUUGCCCUUCGGUUGUGUGGACGAUGUAAACAGACAGUAA